AUGAUCCCUACGGCUACACAGCUCGAGUAUAUAAGAAGAAACGCAGGCCGCCUUCUGUACCUGACCUCCAAGCGUUUGAAUAACAUCACACACAUCCGACAUUCAAGAAUGAAGGCUGCCGUCGCGUUGCUGCUGUUCUCGCUGGUGGCUACCAGCCUCGCUAGCUUCUACUACCCACCUAAGAUCGCUAAGGUCCUCGUCAUUCCUAAAUACGGCUAUGGUGGCUAUGGUGGCUAUGGAGGCUAUGGAGGCCUUGGCGGCAUCGGCGGUAUUGGCGGCUUCGGCGGCCUCGGCGGUUACGGAGGUUACGGAGGCUAUGGAGGUUACGGACUUGGCGGUGGAGUAAUUGGAGUUGGCAGUGUUGGAAUCCUUGGCGGAGGUUUUGGAGGAUUUGGAGGCUUUGGAGGAUUUGGUGGUGGUCAUGGAGGCAAAUACUAAUGACAUUACUGAUGGACCACACAACUGUGUCUCACACACUAGUUCAUGGAAAUCAGUUCUGACGACCACAUUAACGUACAGUAAAAACAAACGUAAUACAAUUCAGUCCUGCCUACAUUAAUAAAGACUCAGUCUAACCUC